GCCAAGAAGCAUUUUACGUGAAUUCCGACGGAGCCCACGGUCCUCCUCCCAUGCAUGAUUUCAUCCAACCCUUUUAAACAAGAGACUCUCUCUCAUGUGUUGAGGUAAAGAUGGUGAUGGAUGUGUAUUUGAAAUGUAUGGCAAUUCUAUCAUUGCUAGUGAGCUGGGUAGCCACAGGAGCUGACGCCUCAGGAGGUGGAAGAAGGGGGACAUGGGAACUCCUCUUAAACAGCACUGGCGUAGUGGCCAUGCACAUGGCACUGACCCACGCCAACACAGUGAUCAUGUUCGACCAAACCAGAGCCGGACGGUCUGGCUACCGACUCAGCAACCACCAUCCCAAAGGAAGGCGAAGGUGUAACCCCAUGUCCACCGAUCCAUCCUGUUGGGCCCACUCCAUCGAGUAUCGGAUCGCCACAAAUAAAAUCCGCCCAUUGACACUUAAGACCGACACAUGGUGCUCUUCAGGUUCAUUCUCCAGCAAUGGCACCCUCAUUCAAUCGGGUGGUUAUGGGAAGGGCUACAGAAGAAUCCGUUACUUCAAACCAUGCUCUAAUACCAAUUGUGAUUGGAGAGAAUCUAAGGCCUUCCUUUCAGAUAACCGGUGGUAUGCUUCAAAUCUUCUACUUCCUGAUGACCGUGUGAUUGUCGUUGGUGGACGGAAGGUUUUCACCUAUGAAUUCAUACCCAAAACUUCUCCAAGAGAAGGAUCUUUUGAGCUUCCCUUCUUGCGCCAGACGGAUGACAGAGCAGAAGGUGGUAACAAUCUCUAUCCCUUCCUCCACCUCUCCUCCGGCGGCAACUUAUUCAUCUUCGCCAACCGCGAUUCCAUCCUCUUCAAUUACAAGAAAGGAAGGGUGGUCAAGACCUUCCCAAGAAUGCCUGGAGAGGGACCAAGAAACUACCCUAGCACUGGUUCUUCCGUAAUGUUGCCCCUCGACCACGCCUAUGGCUUCAGAAAGGUGGAAAUCAUGAUAUGCGGAGGUGCAGUCUCAGGUGCGUAUGAGUCUGCCAAGAAAAGGAUUUUCCUGAAAGGUUUGAGCUCUUGUGGGAGAAUGGUAAUUACAAGAAAGACACCCAAGUGGUUGAUGGAGGAAAUGCCCGGGCCCCGCCUUCUAAACGACAUGGUGAUACUCCCUACUGGAGAUAUAUUAAUAAUCAAUGGCGCAAAACAUGGGUGCGCUGGAUGGAACGUUGCUGCAACACCUUCUCUGAAGCCUUACCUCUACAAGCCAAUGAAAAGGGUGGGUAAGAGGUUUUCAGUAUUGAAAUCCACACACAUACCUAGAAUGUAUCACUCUUCAGCCAUUCUUCUUCCUGAUGGGAGGGUUCUAGUUGCAGGAAGUAACCCGCAGAAGCGGUAUACCUUUUCCGGAGUAGAAUUUCCUACUGAACUAAGGUUACAGGCAUUCGUUCCUUACUACAUGGGGAAGUUUUUCGACAAUAAGAGGGCUUCUAAUCUGUCAAUUCUCCAUCAAAGCGGCAAAAUGGGUGUCAGAUACGGAGAAGAGUUCAGUGUUCAGUUUGAGCUCAGAAGGCGGCCGAGCAAGGUGGUCGUGUUUCAUGUGUAUGCACCGCCUUUUGUGACGCACUCAAUUUCCAUGAAUCAAAGGAUGCUGAAGCUGAGGUGCAAGAGGAUGGUAAGAAGAGAGGAUGGGGAAGUGAUUGCUGUUCUUGUGGCUCCUCCUUCUCCCAAUGUUGCACCUGCUGGUUACUAUUUGCUUACUGUUGUUAACGAAGGGAUCCCUAGUAAGGCUUCCUGGGUGAGAUUUAUCCAUGCAUAGGGGUAAUGUGUUCUGUUCUCUUUUCUCUUUUCUUAAGAUCUGUUUGGAUUCG